AUGGUGACAAAACAGUGCUUCUACCCAAGAUGUGCUUUUGAAGUUGAAAUGUCAUGUCAUUGCACUUCGCCUUAUACUUACUCAUGCGAAACGCACUGAGGAAUGCAUAUCAAAUCGCACAAGGAAGAUCAUGUGUUUGAACUUGAGUUUACUCAGCCAGUUGAAGAAACUAAAAAAGCAAUUAUUAUGAUCCUUGCCAAAGAGAUUUCAAAAAAAGAAGAGUUCAAGAAAAAAAUUUUAGAUUCCUUUAGUCAGAACAUAUACAGAUCAGAAACUAAUCUCAGAGAACAACUAAAGAAGCUAGAGGCUGACUCAGCAGAAAUAAGUAGUCACAUUGAUAAAGUCUUCAAUACUCAAAAAAUACUAAAAUCAGAGCAGGAUCCAAUUUUAAGGCUAUUGACUUUAAGUCCUGCAGAAGCCAUUAUAUGUCUUGAAGAUAUAAUCCCAAAAACCCAAGAAUCUCAUAAUAAUGCUGAAUUAUUUUACGGAGUGAACAGAGAAAUAGAAAAAAUGAUUGAAUCAUUUAUUAAAGACAAAUUUGAAAUGAUUCUGAAUGAGAGACUAAUUAAAAUAGAACAGAGAAUUGAACAGCAAGAUAGAGGAAAUAAAGAAAACCUGUUAAAAAUGAAUAUUUCUAUGGCAAGUGUUCAAAACGAUGGCAUAGCAAGUAAAAAUGAGUUUGAAAAGUGAAUGGAAAAUACAGAAAAUGAAAUCAAAAUGCUUAAUGCAAGGCUUCUAAGCAUCUCUGAAGAUCUUGAAAAUAAUAUAAUAAAUUCACCUUUAAAACAACUUACAAAAUUCUAUGAAAAUAUUGGGGGCAAUGCAAGCAAUACUGAAGAAAAUAAACAAAACUUUCCUAAUCAAGAAUUCAGCCAAGUUUCUGAAAGUUAUUAUGACUAUCCUCUAAGCCCACCACUUUUCCUUAUUAAUAAAAAUAGUAAUGGCGAAGUGAAUCUGCUUGCUUAUAAUACUGAAAGUGAAAGAGAAUUGGUGUUAGAUUUGCCAACUCAAGAAACAUUUGACUAUGGCACAUGCAUAACUAGCCUUCCUAAUAAAGAAAUUUUCUGCUUUGGCAGUGCUAAUCCAAACACUGGUAUCUCUGCUAUAAUUGACCAGAGCUAUGGACUCAAAUUGCUUCCUUCCGGGAAACCUUGCUGCUUUUCAUCAGCUGUCUAUUUCAAAAGAAGUAUUUUUUGCUUUGGGGGACAAAAUGAAGGCAUAAUGAGUUCAACCUUAUCUGAAAAAUUCGAUUUAGAAAAAAAUAAAUGGGUCAGUUUAAAGCCGCUGCCAAAGCCUGAUCAAUAUUGCAAUAGCAUUAUUUUCGAUGGAGAUAUUUUGAUUUCUGGGUGCUAUAAUAAAAAUAUAUUACGGUAUCGGACUAUGGGUAAUUAUUUUACAAGGAUAGAUUAUGAGUUUUCAACGAAUAGAAAAAUCUUAAUAAGUUUGCCUAGGCUGUAUUUGAUUGAGUGCAAAGGGUAUGUAUACGAAAGUGAAAUUAAUGAUGAAAAUAAUUGGAAGAAAAUAGGAAAAUCAAUAAUAACUAGUUCCAAUUAUCCUGGUCAAUUGAAUUGCCAAUAUAGCAAAGGAGCCAUAUAUAUAGGAGUUAAAUGGCUUAAUAUGCAUGAGUACUAUAAAUUUGAUCUGAGCAGCAAAACCAUGCUCCAGCUUAGUAAAUAA